AUGUCAGACCAAGAAUCUGGUGUGCGCACUGGGCAAAAAAUCACUGGAGGUGGGUUCUGGGUGCUGGGUCAAGACCAAGAUAGUGUCGGAGGGGGGUUUCAAGACAAAGACUCUUUCCAGGGGGAGCUGGCUGAAAUGAAUGUAUGGGGGCGUGUUCUUACAAAACAAGAGAUUGCCAGGUUUUCGACAGAUUGUCGGCGCCGCAUGAAUGGAAGUGUAAAAAGCUGGCCGCAGUUCAGAACUGGACUGCGAGGUAAAGCUCGAGUGAUCAAUGAGCCAAAUUGUACAAAACGUUUGGAGUGAGGUAAGGUACUGUAUGAUUGUUUACGGUAAGAUAUUUCGAGCAUUUGCAGUUUCUCUGGCUGCCUCGUUUCAGGCCACUUUUCGCACGGUUUUGGCAAGUCAAUUUUCCCAAUCAUGUUGUUAUUUGACCACUCUCUGUAUCUUAUGUGAUAUUUGUUCCCAUUUUCCGAGGUAACAUUUUUCGAGUUCUCGACUCGUGUCGUCAUGUAUUGCACUUUUGCACCAAUAGACCUUAUGCAUAAUGACGUCACAAGGCUUGAUGCUCGCGAGGAAUACUGGUCUUAGUAGUCAUCGCCCGGGAAAAUUAAACAAAUCAAAAUGGCGACUAUCGAAAAUUUCUCGGGCGAUGACUAUUAAGACUAGCAUUCCUCGUGGGGCAUCACGCCUUGUGACGUCAUUAUGUUGCAUCGUUUUCAUGUGGUUAUUCCUUAUGUUUCCGCACAAUAAGUUUAGGAAUAGGUUUUUGAUUAGGCUCAAGAUCAAAGCGAAAUAUGUUCCUAUAAAAACAUGGGGAUAUAACCUUCAUGUGCGCCUGUCAUGCGAAAACAGGCAAACAUGGAAACAAGGCCAUUGAGGCAAAGUCUAUUGUCUUUCCUAUAAAUAUGAAAUAUGCACAAACUUAUGUGUUCAAAAAUUAAACCCUCCAGUUUCUUGAGUUUUUCGCCCUCUCCGAAAAGUAACCCAUUCAUCUUUUUUUAUUCGGAAAACCAAUUGCAAAAUCACAAUUAACAUAGAGACAAAAUGAGAUAGUAACAUGAUUGUGAAAUUGUCCAGCAAGAAUACAGACUAGUGCCCUGCUGCAGUAGUUCCAUAGAAAUAAUAGAUAUCUAUUAUUUCUAUGAGUAGUUCCCUCCAGUGGUUCCCAUCCCCCUCCCCAUUUCUGAUCUAUCGGGGUUUUUUUUUCCGGUUUUCGUCUACUAACCAAUAAUCUUUUAAUAGGAAAUCGUUGCUGUUUGACGUAAUCCAUUGAUCCUAUACCCUGGAUUCCAGAGCCUUCGAAGUAAAUAAUAAAUUGAAAUGUCGCGAAGGCUCUGGAAUCCAGGGUAUUGAUCCUACUGGUAUAUUGUAAAUUUAAAUGUACUCUAAGACCAUAGUCAGUGAACAUACUGAUUGAGCUUGCAGAAAUAUAAAAAGCAUGCGAAGAUUUGUAGAAGGUGUCUAGCUAAAUAUUCUUUGUGAUCAUUCAUAAGUAAAUGUUCAUGCUUUGGGAUGAAAUAAAUAAAUAAAAGGGGUUCAUAAGUAAUUGGGAUGGAAUAGGUAAGUAAAAAUAACAGACGAAUGUCGGGGCGUAUAAUUUAAUGUUAAAUUUGUAAACUUUAUGCAUUUUAGUAGCUGAAUAAACUGAUGUUAAAAAUAAACUGAAUAAGUUAAAUAAAAUAAACAAAAAUAUAUGAAUAUAGUAAAUAAAAAUGAAAAAAAAAAUACUAUAGGAGUUAAAAUAUAUUGCAUACUUUUACUCGGAUUACCGGAAUUACGUAGAAAACGUGCCUCAACAAACAGGUUUUCUGUUGCAGAUUCGCAGACUAUGUAGCAAAUCGUAGAAUGCUCUGCUCGCAGGCAUAAGUCGUGCGACUAUAUUUCACCUAACAUGAAGUAAGUGGUUUAAGGGUAAGAUCAAAGUUCAAACCGGCAUUCCAAGGAAUAUUUGUUUCUGAAAUUAUGUUCAAAAUUCUGCAAUAUUUUAGUUGCAAUGAUGAGAAUUUUGUAAGUAUUUUGCCAUUUUAAGUGCUAAGUCUGUUGCAUGUAAAAAGUAGACAAAAUAUUUUUAACAUUUGUCAAAUUAGAAGUCAAUUAUACAAUUAUCAUUUUAUAUAUUAAUUGUAGCGUGUGCAGUUUGCAUGUGAAAUGCCACGUGUCACGGACAGUCGAACACGCUUUCUUUCCAAAUAAGACGGUAAACACGAAGCUCUAGGAAGAUGUUCUGUGACUGGUUGAUUAUGACAAUGACAAAAGACGUAAUUUGGCUUACAUAAACAAAAGGAAUAUUGUUCUUGCUUCGUUCUUUAGAAAAUCCAUUAUAUAGCUUUAAUAUUGUCAUUGACUCAUUGUUAUAAUCAACCAAUCACAGAACAUCUUCCCAGAGCUUCGUGCCGACCCAAAUAAUAAAUGAAGUUUAUAACUUUUUAAGUUUUAUAUAUAUAUAUUUAGCUUCCAGAGUAAAAUAUUUUAUCAAGGUAGCAUGAUUUUGUUUGCAUCAUAGAAUCUAUGUUGCCUUUAUCUAUUUUCAUUGCAUAAAGCAUUGUGCAAUUUGAUGGCCGGUAUCAAAAAAUCUGCAUGCAAAAUAAUGAAAGAAAAACACUUUGUUCUUUCACUGCAAUACCAAUUAAACUAAAGUACUUAUGCCAAAAUACGAUUUCAAAACAUAAUUAAGUUACACUGAACCGAAGUUCUAUAGUACUGUCUAUGUUAUCCCAUGUGGAUCAGAUGUGAGAUAUAACAUUGAUUUGACAUAUGUGGCACCCUAAUUGUUAAACUAUAUCACUAAUGUCCACAUAUUGAUGGAAAGUUUGGAGACCCCUCCUCAGAUUUCAAAAAUUUAAUAGUAAGGCCAUUUAAAAGAUAUCUCUGUUUUCAUGCCGCAUGGAAUUUUAUUUAUUUUUUAUGAAAUCAAACUUGUUAUUUUCAGCAGACUUGCGAUGAAUAAAAAAUUUUUGGUAUCUAAACAGUGUAGUUAACUCAACUAGAAAGUUGCAACAGUAUUUCAUAAAAAUUACUAUGAGCAUGUUUACAAUAAAUGUUACAUUUAAGUUUUAUAGAUGAUAUAAUUGGUUUAGGUGCACUACUGUACUUUAAUCUGAUGGAUCAUUUGUCUUAGAUAUUGCAUUGUUUGCGACCUACAGUAUUUAAUAAAUUAAAAUUGAUGUUUUUUGUUUAGGUAUCCUCAUUUUAAUUUUUUGGGACUCUUAAGGAAACCAUGUGAUGUUAACCUAAGAUAUUUGGUAGGUAUAUUAAUGCUGCAUUUCAUAUCUCAAAUGUGGGGUCUAUAGUGUGCUGUAGGUAGUAUUCCACAAUACGCUGCUGUGGUUUGUGUCCAAACUACCUGAGAAAAAUAGAUCUCAAACGUGCGGGCCCAGUGUACAGGAGCAGUAUAUUAAAAUAAGCUGUUGUGGUAUAGUGUCUGAAUUACUGUACCUGAAAAAGAUAUCUCGAAUGUGGUGAUCCAGUGUAGGUAGUAUUCCACAAUAAGCUGUUGUGGUUUGUGUCUGAACUACCUGCAUGAAAAAGAUAUCUCAAACGUGGUGGUCCGGUGUAGGUAGUAAUUUUCUACAAUAAGCUGUUGUGGUUUGUGUCUGAACUUCCUGAAAUUGAUACCUAUCUCAAACGUGAGGGUCCAUGCAAUCUCUGUAGGUAGUGUUUUACAAUACAUUGUUGUGAUUUGUGUCUUUAAUUUCAUAGUCCAAAUUUAAGACUGAGUGAAAAUUAGUGUCACACAGGGUUUGAGAUUGGAAUUUUUUCCCGGAAUCCAUUGGAUCCCAACAUAUCUUAAUCUGGUACCUGUAUCCAAAUUGAAAAUCCUGGUAUCCAAUUAAUAUUCUCAAAAUAAAAAUGUAUGCUUUCAGUGUACCAUAUAUCAUUUAGUUGCCAUGACUUGAAAAGUCAUAAAAUGUACGAGGUUUGCCAUUGCUAAUGAGAGAGUUUGAUGUUAACAGAAACAUUAACUAGAUGUACAUACAAUGUCGGAACUUUUGUAAUAUUGUCUUAAUGAGUCAACAUGUGGAGAUGAAAAUGGUUUAGGUAUGCAAGACCCUCUAGGAUACCAAAUUUCAACAUCUGAUAUCCAAGUAUCAUCAGGAUGCCACUAGGAUAUCGCAAAUCUCAAUAUCGUUAAAUACUAACAAGGUAUUUUAAAAUAAUUGUACUGUAUCUUCCUCGUAGAGUUCCACCCAAAUAUGGUCCUCAACAAUAUGGUCCAGUCUCUUAUCAAAUAAAGACAAGUCAAGUGAGAUCGAAGCAGGACAAGAAACAGUUGAUGUGCACAAAUUACGAGAUACUCUUAUCAGAUCAAAACAGCCACGAAAAUCUAUUGGAGAUGGAGACAUAUUACCAGAG